AUGUUGCUGAUAAAUAGUAAUUCUAAUCCGAAUAAUAGUAUUAGUUUUGGGUGGACUACUUUGACCAAAUCAUCAUUUCAUCAAUCGCUGAAGAGUUUUACCUUUGAGCAAAAGGAUCAAGUUUUGGAAAAGAUUAAUCGAGUGGAUAAUAUUAAAGAUUUGGAAAAAUUAUAUCCAGAUAUGGAGAGUUAUACAAUAGUGUGCUGUGGAAAUGGAUGUCAGAAUUGUGUUAUGAAUGAUUAUUUGGAAAUUGUGCAGAGAUUUGAGGAGAGAAGACAAGAAUUGAAAAUGAUUUUACAAUAA